GUCACAUGAAACUAAACUUGAAAAAAAAGGAAAGCUGCUGUAAGAAGAAAUGAAAUUGUACCUAAAUGAUAGCUGAUAUUAACCCGUUGAUAACGUAGUAUUACAUUGUGGAUAAGAAUAGCAACGUGGAAAAAGAACUGGAAGAGCAAAGCGAAACAUGGACGAGGAUGGACUGCCCAUAGUUGGCUCUGGAGUAGAUUUGACAAAGGUUCCUGCUAUACAGCAAAGGAGAAUUGUUGCCUAUUUGAACCAGUUCGUCGUUCACACCGUUCGGUUCCUAAACCGAUUUUCAACGGUUUGCGAGGAGAAACUAGCCACCAUAUCUCUACGAAUACAGCAAAUCGAAACCACUCUCAGCAUUUUGGAAGCAAAGCUGUCCUCUAUUCCUGGACUGGAAGAUGUAAGGGUGGAGGGAGGGGCUGAGAGACCGGCAGCUACUGAAGCCAACGGACCAGUGGCCCCCUCUGCCUCCGCCACUGGUCACACAGGCACACCUGCCGCUCCACCACCAGCACCUGCAGAGCCUCUUCAUCAAACGCCAGAGCCGGCCGCUGAGCCGAAGGUGGAGAGUGUGGAGUCGAACGCCAUGACCGUGGCCAAGGACCCACGCUACGCACGCUACCUGAAAAUGGUUCAAGUGGGUGUUCCUGUAAUGGCCAUAAAGAAUAAGAUGGUUUUGGAAGGACUGGACCCCAAUCUGCUUGACACACCCAAUGCCCCAGUACCCGAUGGGGACAACAAAAAAACAGUGGAAGAGCAAGAUGAUGACAGCUCAGGCAGCGAAUCAUCUUUCAGCGACUGACCUCUUCAGCCUAUCACCAUCAAGCUGUCUCAGUGAGACCACCUCCCCUCAGCCUUCCGUUGAAGCUAACUCCCUUUCAGUAUAUUAUCUACACUAAGGGACACAACUUGGGUCUAUGUAAAUGAGUCUUAAAAAUAUGAUAGGUUAUGCUGGCAAUCUACACUCUCCCCUACAAAUCAUCAGCCCCACUUUAUAUUAUGUAGCUUUGUUUAUUGUGUACGUUAUACUUGAUACCUUGAGAAGUGCAUUGGCCUUUUCAUAUCGGUUUUCUAAAACAAUAAGGGCAUUUGCUAGAAAGUCAUGCUGAAUUGUAAUACACAUACACACGUAUGUAUGGCUUUUAAAAACAAAACAAAACAAAAAAACACAUUAUAAUCUGCCUCAAAAAAAGACAUUAGUCUUGAAGGAUUCUCCCUUUUAAGAUGACUAACAGCUAGUCUGCACAUCUCUAGAAUCACAUUUUAAACCUGCUGCUUUCAUUUUGCCAUUAUGUUUUAAUCUUUAUGUUUUUCUCAGUCUGUCUUAAAAGAUGUGUAUCGUGUGUGCUUCAGAAGGAGCCUCUUUGAUACAGCUAAUUCUGUGAGUGAGUGAAGGGGGGGGGGCACUAGCACAAUCCUUGGUAUCUCUCUGACCCCCACACCCCCCCCUUUAAAUAUUAUGGAGGCGGGGCUAUAUUUUUGCGAUUACAAUUCGCUGCCUGUAAAACAGACUGCUUGGAAGUGUUACUGCCUCAGUUUACUCAGACAUAAUGCACACAAUUUGUGUGUGUGUAUAUGUGUGUGAAUAAAUGAGUGUGUGUGAGUGUGUGUCUGCAUGCAUGCAUGCGUAUGUAUGUGUAUUUAGUUUGUGUGUUUACUUGUGUGUGAGGGAGAGAAUGAAUGUGUGUGUGUGUGUGCAUGUUUGUGUGAGAGAGGGAGAGACCUGUACAGACCGCUAACGCCUGUGGUAUGGAGUAGAUUGUGUCCUAGCGAAUGUUGUCAUGAGAAACCAUUCCUCUGUCAUCGACGUAGUCCAGUGCUUGUUUCUUCAUGGACACUUUGAGAUUGUCUAUUCAGUGGAUGCCACUGAUCUGUGGAGAGUAACGGUUCAUUCAGAUUUGCACUUAAGAUUGUAUCAUCUCGCGAGGCAAACAGUCACAUGGUGGAUGAACAGUCCAUAACUUUGCCUGUAAAAGUUUUUUUUUUUUUGACUAACUGAUUUGUGAUUGAUUAAAAGUAUACAGACAUGAA